AUGGAAAGAAAAGAGAAAAGACAUCUUACCAAGCUGGAAUUAUGCCGCGUAAUGAUGAAGAUAAAAGGAGAAUAUGAGAAAUGUGUCUUGACUAAGCUUCAGCGCCAUUUUGAAAUCAUUUCUCACAUUAUACAUCGUGUCACGACUGAAAAGCGGAAAAGCAUCCCGUAUCCAUAUAAUCCACGAAGAGAAGAGUUGUCGGGAGAGAAUUCUCUCGUGUGCAUUCAUUUCAUCCAGAAAAAUUAUAUUGAUCAGGAUAGAAAAUCUGCCGUGUAUAAAAAAGCUCUCAAAGUGGCGUCGAACGAACAGAAAACUUCGUUGCCCCAGCAGCGGUCCCGCGGGCAAUCACGAAGAAUAGAAGCUUCGAUUGUUGUCAGUGACACCAGCAAUGACAACACUCAAGUAAUUAUCACUGCUGUAACGAAAACAGCGACGACUUCAUCUACGGUGCAAUCGGUUGUAAAGACACAAAAUCCGCCCUCAACUUCUGUUUCUCAAAGCACUUCAGGAGUCAUGACAGGUAAGAGUGACACCGACACUUUGAUUCAAGAUGAAGAACUCUGA